AUGAAGACACUUUGCACAGCCCUGGUCUUGACCGUCAUCAUAACGGCACUGCUGCCAGAAGUCACUGCUUUUCUUGAGGGACAGCGCCCAGUGUUUCCCCCUGGCGUUAAACCUCCCAGUCCUGGAGACGUGGGCGAUCCGUGCACCACCGGCUUCGAUUGCAAGAAUGGCACGUGCUGUGUACAAUCAAGUGAUAAAGACUCGCGUACAUGCGAGAAUUUAGGACGAUUCGGACAAGUCUGUUCGGAGGAUCCAAUCAAAGGUGGCAUAUACACGGAUCACUGUCCGUGCAAACCAGGUCUGCGAUGUCGGGACUUUCCACGCAACUUACAUAUAUGUGUGUCAGGAAAAUGA